CAACUACUACUACCCUCUAUCCGCACUGCUAAACUCAUCUCCAACUACAUGAUAAUGCUUUUGUAAGCUAUUCACUUAAACCAACCAUUCAUAGAGAAAGUUAUGUGGAAGUUUCUUUCUCAUCUCCCAAAUUUUGCUGCCAUGAAUCCAAUAGUUCUUUUUCUUCUUUCUUCUCUGUUUAUUAAGACAUUAUCUUUGAAACCUGAGCCAGCAAAAAACAAUGCCCAGAUCACCGUAAUGGGCCUUGUUUAUUGUGACAUUUGCUCCAACAACAGCUUCUCCAGACACAGCUACUUCUUACCAGGUGCAGAAGUUCAAAUAGACUGCAACUUCAGGGCAUUUGUUCCAAAAACAAGAGAACAGAUAUCAUUUUCAGUCAACAGAACUACAGAUAAACAUGGAGUUUACAUGUUGGAAAUACCAUCAGUUGAUGGGAUCGAAUGUGCAGAGGCAGCCAUCGCAUCAUCUUGCCAGGCAAGCUUGGUUGGGAGCUCAUCUACUUCCUGCAACAUUCCUGGUUACAGAAGCACAACAGAUCAGAUAGCAAUCAAAUCCAGACACCCCAAUCUCUGCAUCUACGGCCUAACUGCAUUGAAUUUCAGACCAGCAAAAAGAGAUGCUACCUUGUGUGGAAAUUAAAGCAAGACUUUUCUAGUUAUUCCUACCUUACAGCAUCCAUAUGGUUUUCUUUUGGCAACUUUUCCAAGUAUCUCCUUUUCUUAACACACAAAUUCUAGUUAUUGAAGAUAGAUCCAAUCUCCUCAUCCUCAACUAUCAAGUAAGGGUUCUUUUCAUUUCUCAGUCUGCACAUAAUACAAGAAAUGGAGAACCUGCAAUACCCUUUUGCCUUUGCCUCCCAGCCUUACUUGGUACUCCUUGAAGAAGAACAAAGGGCCACAUAUUACAAGGUAUUUUCAUAUUUGCAUUGCAUUUAUGCUUUGUGUAAGCACAUUCAACUGUGCCCAGAGACUUUUGUGCAAUAUGGAGUCCAGGUCAAGCAUGUGGACAUACAUGAAUAUUUACCAUAUUUUAUUUAGAUUGGUCUUUUAGUUACAAUGUAUGAAAUGUGUGAAGUAACUAAAGAUAUUAGGAAUAACCUUUUGAAAUCUGAAAAAUUAACAAAUUUGCCAAUACUGCAUUUUCCAUGAUGCCCAUCACAAUAGGAAAAUGCUCAGCAUGAGAAAGUGAGAAAGAUCGAUGAGAUAAUAAGAGAAGAAAGGGCUUUUAUUGCAAAAAGUUUGAUUCAUCUUGACAGCGGCAUAAGCUGCAGUUUACUUCUAUUACUUGUGCCAAAAGGCAUGAUCAAGCUUAAAUCAUGAAGAUGCUCUUAUAGUCACAAAGUUCUGCUUUUUGGCCAUACCCUCGGUUGUCAUGUCAAUGUUCCUUAUAAAAUCAUUUAAGGUCCUUUCAAGUAGAAGAUAACCAUCCUUUAAUGUAUCAAACGGACAAAUUGUGGCCGGUCACAGUCCAGCUCCUAGUUCCCCUGAAACUCUUUCCUUCCUGGUAUCAUCUGCUUAUUGUUGUUUGUUUCCUACAAGCAUUUAAGCUAUGUCUGGAAAAGGAAAAAAAGAAAAAGAAAAAGGCACUAAAAUCUUUCAU